AUGCUUCAAGAUCGAAAAAUUAAUUUUCCUCAAAAGUUUGUUAAAGCUCAAUUGUUACAGCUUGUAUGUACAAACUGUCCACCAAUAGAAUAUAUGAGUGACCGUAUUGCAAAGAAAUAUGCUGUAGAAAUCAUUCGUCUUCCAAAACUACACUGUAGUCUUAGUCCCAUUGAACUCCCAUGGAAUAAUCUUAAACAGUUUGUUUGUGAUCAAAAUACAGCAUUUCGUCAGAAUGAUGUAAAACAAUUAAUUGAGCAAUUUAUGAUGACGAUGGAUGAUAAACUUGCAAGUUCAUAUUUUCAUUAUGUUUAUAAAGUCGAAGAGAUGUAUAGAACAGCAGAUGAAAUUAAGGAAGAAGAAAUUGAACCACAUAUACAAUCUGAGAGUGAAGAAAUAGAUUCUGAUGACGAUGAGGAAAACGUGGAAUAG